AAUAAUGGCCAAACUUUCGCUGUUAUUACUGCUGACUUUAGUGUUGGGCAUCACCUCCAGUCCCGUUCAGGUGGGCACCCGAGCGUCCAGAGACCACAACGACUACACGAAAAAUCCUCACCGAAUAGUCUGUUAUUUCGGAAGUUGGGCCCAUUAUCACAAAACGGAUCCCUUCGAAAUCGAAGACAUUGAAUACAAUUUGUGUACUCAUAUCAACUAUGGUUUCGCUAAAAUUAAUGAAACCACUUUUGAGAUACAAGUCUUCGAUGACUGGUUUGACAUCCAUUUCGAGGCGUACAAGAGGUUCGUGGAUUUGAGGACAAAGAACCCUCACUUAACGACAAUGAUAUCAGUCGGGGGAUGGUAUGAGGGGUCGGAGAAGUACUCGGAUAUGGCUAAGGACGCAAACAGAGCCCGAUUCGUGAAAAGUGUAUUGGAU